GGCGGAGAGAGCGGGCGGGCGAGCCGGAGAGCGGCGGCGGCGGCGGCGGCGGCGCGGGAGCGCAGGGAGCGCGGCAGGCCCGAGGGGAGCCGCCCGGGGCGCACGGAGCCCGCGUGCCCUCCGGGACCCGCAGCGCCCCGGUGCCAUACCUGCAGGCGCUGGGAGCCCGGGCAGCGGCGGCCGGGACGAAGCGGCGGGUGGCCGCAGGGACUCGGGGAGCAGAAGGAGCCGGAGCCCGGCCGGGAUGAGAAGGUGACGCCGCCGGGGGGCGCCACUCGCUUUGUGGGGGGGAAGAUGCUCGCCUACUGCGUGCAGGACGCCACCGUGGUGGACGUGGAGAAGCGGAGGAACCCCUCCAAGCACUAUGUAUACAUCAUCAACGUGACCUGGUCCGACUCCACGUCCCAGACCAUCUACCGGAGGUACAGCAAGUUCUUUGACCUGCAGAUGCAGCUUUUGGAUAAGUUUCCCAUCGAAGGUGGACAGAAGGACCCCAAGCAGAGGAUCAUUCCCUUCCUCCCAGGCAAAAUCCUCUUCCGGAGAAGCCACAUCCGGGACGUCGCUGUGAGGAGGCUGAAGCCCAUCGACGAGUACUGCCGGGCGCUUGUCCGGCUGCCCCCCCACAUUUCACAGUGUGAUGAAGUCUUCCAGUUCUUUGAGGCCCGACCAGAAGACGUCAACCCUCCAAAAGAGGAGUAUGGCAGUUCCAAGAGGAAGUCAGUGUGGCUCUCCAGCUGGGCUGAGUCUCCCAAAAAGGACGUGACAGGUGCCGACACCAGCGCCGAGCCCAUGAUCCUGGAACAGUACGUGGUGGUGUCCAACUAUAAGAAGCAGGAGAACUCGGAGCUGAGCCUCCAGGCCGGGGAGGUGGUGGAUGUCAUCGAGAAGAACGAAAGCGGCUGGUGGUUCGUGAGCACCUCUGAGGAGCAGGGCUGGGUCCCUGCCACCUACCUGGAGGCCCAGAAUGGUACUCGGGACGAUUCGGACAUCAACACCUCCAAGAGUGGGGAAGUGUCCAAGAGACGCAAGGCCCAUCUGCGGCGCCUGGAUCGCCGGUGGACCCUGGGCGGGAUGGUCAACAGGCAGCACAGCCGAGAGGAGAAGUAUGUCACUGUGCAGCCUUACACCAGCCAAAGCAAGGACGAGAUUGGCUUUGAGAAGGGUGUCACCGUGGAGGUGAUCAGGAAGAACCUGGAGGGCUGGUGGUACAUCAGGUACCUGGGCAAAGAAGGCUGGGCACCAGCCUCCUACCUGAAGAAAGCCAAGGAUGACCUGCCAGCUCGGAAGAAGAAUCUGGCAGGCCCAGUGGAGAUCAUCGGGAACAUCAUGGAGAUCAGCAACCUGCUGAACAAGAAGACAUCAGGGGACAAAGAGACUCCCCCAGCGGAAGGCGAGGGCCCAGAGGUCCCCAUUGCCAAGAAGGAGAUCAGCCUGCCCAUCCUCUGCAACGCCUCCAACGGCAGCGCCCUGGGGAUCCCCGAGAGGACCGUCUCCAAGCUGGCCCAGGGCUCCCCAGCUGUGGCCAGGAUCGCCCCUCAGCGGGCCCAGAUCAGCUCCCCCAACCUAAGGACAAGGCCUCCACCUCGCAGAGAAUCCAGCCUGGGGUUCCAGCUGCCGAAGCCACCAGAGCCCCCUUCUGUUGAGGUGGAGUACUACACCAUUGCCGAAUUCCAGUCCUGCAUUUCUGACGGGAUCAGCUUCCGGGGUGGACAGAAGGCAGAGGUCAUCGACAAAAACUCGGGUGGCUGGUGGUACGUGCAGAUCGGUGAGAAGGAGGGCUGGGCCCCCGCGUCCUACAUCGAUAAGCGCAAGAAGCCCAACCUGAGCCGCCGCACGAGCACCCUGACCCGGCCCAAGGUACCCCCACCGGCGCCCCCCAGCAAGCCCAAGGAGGCUGAGGAGGGUCCGGCAGGCACUGCCGAGAGCCAGGACUCCCCGCUGAAGCUCAAGUACGAAGAGCCUGAGUAUGACAUCCCUGCCUUUGGCUUCGACUCGGAGCCAGAGCUGAGUGAGGAGCCCACGGAGGACAGAGGCUCGGGGGACAAGCGACUGGCCCAGCCCCACAGGCCCUCGCCGGCCCCCUCCCUGCAGCGGGCCCGCUUCAAGGUGGGCGGGUCUUCGGAAGACGUGGCCCUGGAAGAGGAGACCAUCUAUGAGAACGAGGGCUUCCGGCCCUGUGCAGAGGACACCCUGUCAGCCAGACGGUCCUCCCGGGACAGUGACUCCCCAGGAGGCUCCCCGCUGUCCCUUGCCAGGAAAAACUCCCCCAAAUCAGACUCCCCCAAAUCAUCCUCGCUCCUAAAGCUCAAGGCGGAGAAAAACGCCCAGGCGGAAUUGGGAAAGAACCACUCCUCGGCCUCCUUUUCCUCGUCCAUCACCAUCAACACCACCUGCUCCUCCUCCUCCUCCUCCUCCUCUUCCUCCUUGUCCAAGCCCAGCAGCGACCUGAAGCCCCGGUCUGCCUCGGACGCAGGCAUCCGCGGCACCCCCAAGGUCGGAGCCAAGAAGGAUGCUGACCUGAAGGCCGGGCUGACCUCCUGUGCUCGGGCCAAGCCAUCUGUCCGGCCCAAGCCAUUCCUGAACAGAGCGGAGUCCCAGAGUCAAGAGAAGAUGGACAUCAGCACUUUACGGCGCCAGCUGAGACCCACAGGCCAGCUGCGGGGAGGCCUCAAGGGCUCCAAGAGUGAGGACUCAGAGCUGCCCCCCCAGACAGCCUCCGAGGGUCCCAACGAGGGGUCCAGGAGAGGCUCAGCUGACCUCAUCACCCUCCCAGCUGCCACACCCCCAUGUCCCACCAAGAAGGGGCGGGAAGGGCAGGCCACCUCCUACAUGACAUGUAGUGCCUACCAGAAGGUCCAGGACUCGGAGAUCAGUUUCCCCGCGGGCGUGGAGGUGCAGGUGCUCGAGAAGUUGGAAAGCGGCUGGUGGUAUGUGAGGUUUGGGGAGUUGGAGGGCUGGGCCCCUUCCCACUAUUUGGUGCUGGGUGAGAAUGAGCCACCUGACCCCUCUGGCAAAGAGCCGGAUGCAGUUACCGCCAAGAGCAAGCUAAAGGAGGGCAAGUCGGACAGCCUGGAGAAGAUCGAGAAGCGGGUCCAAGCGCUGAAUACCGUCAACCAGAGCAAGAGGGCCACGCCGCCCAUCCCUUCCAAGCCUCCCGGGGGCUUCAGCAAGACUUCGGGUGCUGGGGUGGUGAAGAUGAGGAAUGGGGUUCGGCAGGUGGCAGUGAGGCCCCAGUCGGUAUUCGUGUCCCCACCACCCAAGGACAACAACCUGUCCUGCGCCCUCCGGAGGAAUGAGUCGCUCACAGCCACCGAUGGCCUCCGAGGCGUCCGCCGUAACUCCUCCUUCAGCACCGCCCGCUCGGCGGCUGCAGAGGCCAAGGGCCGCCUGGCCGAGCGGUCUGCCAGCCAGGGCUCAGACAGCCCUCUGCUGCCCACCCAGCGCAAUGGUAUCCCCGUGUCCCCCGUGCGCCCCAAGCCUAUCGAGAAGUCCCAGUUCAUCCACAACAACCUCAAAGAUGUGUACGUGUCGAUCGCGGACUACGAGGGGGACGAGGAGACAGCGGGCUUCCAGGAGGGUGUGUCCAUGGAGGUCCUGGAGAGGAACCCCAAUGGCUGGUGGUACUGCCAGAUCCUAGACGGGGUGAAGCCCUUCAAAGGCUGGGUGCCCUCCAACUACCUGGAGAAAAAGAACUAACGGGGCAUGGGUCCUUCCAGCCUGAGUGUGGAUGAGUGGUGAGA